AUGUCCCUUCUCGUCGCCCAGCUCCCAAUGCACCUCGCCGCCGCAAACGUCGACAGCCCAGCGUGGCUCGAGGUCGACCGACUCCGAUCCCGACGCCGCCUCCUCACCAACCCAACAUCCUCGCGAGCUAUCAACGCCGAUCGCGAGCAGCGGCGCAAACGCCGCCAAUGGGAGCGCUGGACAAAGGCGAUGGAUGCUGCUCUCGAAUCACUCCGCAAGGAGACGCAAGCUAGUCUUGCAAAGACUACUACAUCACAUGUCACAUCCAAUGCUCCUCCUGCUCCAACAUGCGAGCCCCAGCUGCCGGCCAAGCUCUCGCUUUGCACCGAGAGCGUGGCUGCGCUUGCCGAGGAGACGAAGAGGACAGAGUCCUUUUCGUCGCGUUCGCCAACACUAUACAGCCCAUCACCGUCGCUACGCUCACGUCGCCCCGUUCUCAAGAUCAAGAUUGAUUACGUCUACGAAUUCAGCUUUGCACUCUCGUCCUCGAGGACGAUGAGACCAGAUAGCUCGAGCAGCGCCGGGUUCUCGCAGUGCGCAGAAUCAGACUCUUUCGAGUCGCUGGAGGUGUCGGAGCAUAUUGCUCGUGGACAACGAUUGCUCCAACGCAAAAGACCUGCAGAGCAGGCACAAAUACGGCGCAAGACGCUCUGGACGCAACAGACACCAGAUAUCGGCGAUUCUGGUGCUCAACAGGACAUGUCACAGUCCUUACCGCCUCCAGCAACCGUCAGCACGGAUAAGAACCGAGUCGGGGGGUUUCUACACGGCGUAAAAGCGACAUGGAUCCGCUUUAAGCAGAGCAGGAAUACUGGAUCAAGUCCUUCCAUGUUCGAUAGGGACUUUCAGCCCGGAGGAGGGGGCUCGACAGAAGCCUCGACGUCGGUCACGGGCCCUCCAGAAGAAGGGGCUCGUCGCCGCGAAGUUUACUAUGCUCUCCCAAUGAACAGAUCAGCUCAGUCAAGAGAAGGAGAAGAGAGCUAUGGGAGACACCGUUCACAACGGAGAAGAUUGGCCAAACCGCCUGGCAAGCAGAGCGAGACAACAGAGGAUCCAGAAGAAUUUGGUGACGUCGACGAGGUUGUUGUGGACAAUUCGUUUGAAAUUGGGGGCCCGCAAGAGUCAUUGACCGAGCCAAGUGCAGGACCAGGCGUGACUGAGCACCAGCCGACAAUGCAGCCGGGGCAAGGCAAAGCAAAGGGCGGCGCAUUUGGCUGGGAUCCAAAGGACAGGCAAAAUGGUCUCAAUCUCAGCUCUAGCCACACCCACUCGGCGCACGACACAAACUCGGUAACACACACUGGGAUCACGUCUGCAUACCUUCAAUCAUUUCUACGAACACUAAGAUAUGCUGGUAAAGUGGUCUAUGGCGUCUUCUUCCCCCAAUUCGACGACCAUCACCACGAGAAGCAGUUUGUCUCCCAGGAAUGGUAUCUAGGCAAGAUGCUCGCCUUGAUUGCCGCUUGCUUUUUGAUUGCCAACUGGGUACUUGCAUGCAUUUUCAUCCCUCGUCCAUUUAUUCUCUUCGACUACAUCUUCAACUUCGGGAUCGCUCCAGUCCUCACCCUCCCGUUGCCAAUACUUAUCGUUCUACGGUGGCCCAUUCGUCGUCCGGUCAUUUACCAAAUUUACCUCGUAUUCGCAGUCUGGUCUCAGGCGUGGUACAGUCUCCUCAGUCUCAUACUUUGUGGAUUUUACUCCAAACGGAGCUAUUUCAGCUGUGGACGCAAAGAUUUCUUGGGGAUUUUUUUCUAUGCCACAGGCUUCCCAUGCCUGGCACUAUUCGCCCUCGGCCAGAAGCGCUUCCCCGCUGCGCUCGCCGCAAGUGCCACCAUUAUAGUAAUGGGUGCUUGUGUAGUACCAUAUCGAGAGUCUUGGGUUAGGCUCGUUGUCAAUAUGAUUCUCUUCAAUGGAUUCAUUAUCUACGUUCAUUGGGCACGAGAAAUGUCGGACCGCGAUCGCUUUAUCAUGAGUCGACAAAUCAAGGAUGCAUAUUUGUAUCGGCAUCGACUCCAGAUGCGAGAGAAGCAAAUUCAGAACAGCAAGCAACGACUAACGGGCUAUAUCUUUCACGAAGUUCGGGUGCCUCUCAAUACCGCAAUGCUUGCAGUUCAGAACAUUGAAGCGUCAGGCACAGUUUCAAAGCCACUCGAGCUAGAGUUCAACGCGCUCAUGGGGAGUUUGACGGUCAUGUCCAAAGUGCUCAACGACGUUCUUGAUCUCAACCGCAUGGAUGCCGGCAAGUUUGAAUCUGUAAGCAAGCCAUACGCGUUUCACAAAGUGAUCGAGUCCCUGCUUGUACCAUUACGUUUGGCUGCGUCCGCCAAGGGCCUGCAAUUGAUAGAAAACCUGGAUCCCCGCAUUGACGAGUUUGUCCUCGGCUGUCUUAUCCGAGCCAAGAAGGCGAAAGGCGUCUAUGAUGAGUCGGAGGAGAUUGAGCCGCUCGUCGUCGGCGACGAAAUGCGUUGUCGACAAAUUUUCACCAAUUUCACAAGCAACGCCACCAAGUUUUGCCCACCUGGAGGCCGGAUUGAAGUAGUUACAAAGCUUUUAUGGCCAUCGCCUCCUGGCGUGGGUGCGGUCGCUCCAGUUGGGCCUGGAGAUUCAGACUGGUUCCCAUCGCUCUCUGAGAGAGUGAGCAGUAACGGUACAGUUGUUUCCGAAAAUGGUCACACCAACGGACAUGCCAAUCCGACAUCCACGCCUACUGUCCAAAAGCUCAACAGCAGCGCGAGAAUACCGAUCAUCUCUAGUCUCAAAGACAGGGACAAGCAGAAACCUCGUGAUUCAAUUGAUGAGAAGCAUAUGGAAGAGGAGAUUGCUGAAAAACCAUCUGUCGCUGUUCCAAUUGACCAGAUUGUCAUUCGAAUCGAGGUGAGGGACACUGGUACGGGUAUCAAGAAGAAGGAUAUUCGUGAUGCCAAGUUGUUCUCUCCCUAUGUUCAGACUGAGAUCGGUCGGCAUCAAGGCGGGAAGGGUACCGGGUUGGGUCUAGCACUUGUACGACGCAUUGUGAAACUGAGCGGUGGUCGCUUGGGAGUCAAGAGCAAGUAUCAACAGGGAAGUUGCUUCUGGGUCGAACUCCCACUCAAAGUUGGAACACAUGCGCUGAUGCAGUCAGAUUCUGGGAGUCGUGAUGUGAGCAUCCGCUCUCGCUCGAUACCGCCAACGCGAGCAAGAGAUUUCGCGCUUGAUCAAUCCUCCAUCAACACUGGCCCGACGGUCAAUGAUUCACUUCUUGGUCGACCAGCUGUCUACUCACCUCCAGCACCCCAUAUAUCUCAUCGGACCAUCAUGGAGCAACAGGGGCUGGUAGAGAUGACCCCAAGUCGACCAGAACUUCGAUAUCGGAAAGAGUCACCAUUAGGAGACGCUAUAAAGGGGACUUCUUCCGGAAACCUCGCAUCUAUCCCUUCUCACUAUUCCGAUCCUCAUGUUCUAUCCGUCGCCCAUAGCCUCGAACCUCCUCAACGUACCGAUACCUCUAGUAGCGCACCUGCUGCUAUAGAAGCCAACACCGCUUCCGCAGAAGCAUUUGAUAAUCAAGGAGCGGCAGAGCCUCGAACGCCCACACCGAAGCCUCUUGAAGUUCUGGUGGUCGAUGACGACGCUCUCACAAGACGGUUAAUGACCAGAUUGUUGACACGUCUGGGCUGUAUCGUCACGACAGCCGAGAACGGGGUCAAGGCUUUGGAGCUGCUUCUGGGUUCGAUGUUCACACCUAGCGAAGCGGCCACUCCAUCGACAUUGAUCCCCGGAACCCCUGGAGCAUCAAGCGGUGGAACUGACCAAAUCACCAACCAACCACGCUUCUACGACGUCGUCUUCUUGGACAAUCAAAUGCCGCAGAUGUCUGGUCUCGAAGCCAUCGCACGGUUACGGGCGGCAGGACGAGAGGACCUUGUUGUGGGUGUAACAGGCAACGCGCUAAUUCGUGAUCAGGACGAAUACCUCAAUGCAGGUGUCGAUCAUGUUCUCAUCAAGCCUGUUUUGGAGAAAAGUCUACGACAAAUGUUGUCGCUCGCCCAGCGACGACGGACAGCGGGUGUACUGGACGAAACAUUAGAAACUGGACCAGAGUAA